AACAUUUAAGACUGCGUCCAAUUUGGCUGAAAGACGAUUCCAGAUACCAUAAGAAAUCAAAAUGAACUAAAAAUAUUUCAUUACGGACAACGAUUACUUCUACGUACAUUAACUGUGUCAUUCUUGGUGUAGUCCGAGGAAACUAGUAAAUUCGAUAGAUUUGGAGUGAUAUUAUGAUUGGCACCAGAACAUGGGUUCCAAGUAGCAACCGUGGUUGUUCACCUGCUGCAGUAUAGGCUUGCGGUGGAGAGGUUGGUGGCGCGUAUUGAAAACUUUCGUUGGAGGCGAUUGUCACAUUGCAAAGCUACUUGACCCAAUCGGUUGCAAAUUUGACGGAUGGGCUUUUGGCGAGAUUGAGGGUGUGAUAUGUCACCAUGAGGAGUUUGCCUUCCUCUGCCUCGACCACGAAAAAACUGAUUGCUGCCAUUGUAUCGAUUUGGACGAGGAGUGCGCUGAGUAAAGUGAGCUUCGGGAUAAGAGUCAACAAGAGCAGCAUCGUGAUUGAGGCGAAUUUCUUCAGUCAGAAGAUAACUAAGGAGAUCAGCAAGAGUAAGAUUCGCUCUAGUGGCGAUGGAAGUUUUGAAAUUUGAAUUGCUCAUACUCAGAGGGAAGUUCAAUUCAGGAAGGGAUGGGGGCCCAUUUGUUUAUAUUUAACCAAGGAGGGCAAAGAAUCAAGUCUGUUCGUUUCCUCCGUAAAAAUUAAUGAAGUGGCAAGAACUCAUCUCGGGCAAGAACCGGGCACAUAACGUUAGGGGACUGAUGAAGCAGUCCAAAUCGGAAACCAUUACAUACCAAGAAUGUAGAGCAAAAGUUCUUCUUCAGAAACGGGUUUAUCAUCCAGAACAAGUUGAUAGGCAAUUGUGCCGGCGCUUUGAAAAUACUUCUAAGAAUCUCUACCUUUCUUGAUGAACAGAAACACUAUGCGCAGUUGAACAACACGAGCAUGGGAGUGGGCAGCAUAGGAUGCUUCAAGAGUUUUUCCAGACUCCAUGAGAAGUGGGGAGACCAAUGAUUUUUUCAGAGAGUGAGCUUAACAACCAGCCAAGAAUAGGCUGAUCCUGACGUUGCCAAUGGAUGUAGUCAGGAUUUUCAAUGGAAUCGGAGCCGCGAGAAAUGAUUUUGGGAUUUCAGGGAAUGGACCCAUCGCAAUAAACCGAGCGCACCAUGACCACGAAGGGCGAAGGUGAGGACUAAGUUCGUUCAAUUUGAUGCUGCGAACAGCGGAGUGGAAGGCAGAUGAGGGAAAACGGGGUGGUGAGCGUGUAAUGGUGUUUUAGAUUGUAGCAGAGGAGGAACUCAUCUUUGAAGAGAAUGCCAAGAAAUCAGCGAAAUGUAACGUUGGAUAGAUGUUUGUAGAAAUGCCAGAUGGACAGGAGAUCUCCAAUGUUGGUGGCAGUGGUGGUGGGAUCCAUGUCAGAGAAGACGAUGACAACGAUGAUGAUGACGACGGAAAGAAGCAGAGAGAGGAUGGAUAUGCAAGUGGUGGUGGAUGUACAAGGGAUUUCGCAAAGGCAAAGCAGCUGAUCUUACAUGCGCUCUUAAAAGCCGAGAAGCAACUCCUCAGAAGAAGGAAUAAAAAGACCUCCUCUUCUUCUGGUUCUGCUGUUGCUGCUUCUGCAAAUGCCGGGACUUCAGGUAAGAGGUUUGGUUGUGUUGGUUGUCGUGGUAAAGGUCGUUACUUUUGUUUCACGCAACCCCAGACUUUGGAGUCACCGUCUCAUGCAAGCGACCCAAAUGACCCAAACUUCACUUAUGAGACGCUGAAAGCUUUCAUAGAGAAGAAUGAUUUCUAUUCCAAAGAAUGCAAUACCCACUUAGAUUUUGACCUCACCUCACAUGGUGCAGAGUGAAGGAGUCGUGUCUAAUAAAUUCCACCGUUAUUGUUUUGUUCUUGUUGGGUGGUAGUGAUUGUUCAGAAUAUUAUCAGUAGUUUUGAAGAGGUUGCAGAACAUACCGAGCUUGAUUCAUCCAAUUGUUAUUUUGGUUAAGAAAUUCGGAUGCAAGUUUUCGUUCUUCUAUGAGUCAUUUGGCAGCCCGCGUUAUUGUUCCCUGAAGAAAUUCAAUCUUGUUGAACGAUGUAGUCAGUUUGUUACCUUGAAUACAAAGUUUAGGUGCACGUAGAUGCUUUAUUUGGAAAGAGUACAUUGACCCAUUACGGGAGUGGAACAGGUUUUCGAAACCAUUGGAUUCUUUCAAUUUGUAUAGCCUUUUUGUUUAAUUGAUUUAUUUUCAUAA